AUGACCACGACCAUGACCCAAACUCCCGAAUCCCGGAUAUUCACGCACCGAUCCGUGUCUCCCCUGAAAGGCACCAACGAGACGUCCGGUCAUGAACGAUUUCCCUCCUUUGAUCAUAGUACCCCUCCAAGCCUCCAAGUCAACUCUUCCGUGGUCGCGGAAAGCCCCCAGGAACUUACUCCUACGCCACAUCUAAACGGCGAGUUGAAAUGGCCGGUCAGAAAGAUGAGCCAGAGGCUGCGCGAGGCCCGGCCUGCAGGGGUGUACACUCAUAGGUCCAGGCGAAGUGUCAGCGAUGCCAUUCACAGGAUCCGGACACGGCAGGGCAGCGUGAGCGAGAAUGCGCAAGAGCUGGCUGAGGCAUUGAAAGCUCCAGUUUCCUACCGACUUAUUGGACUGUGCAUCCUCUGGUAUAUGACCUCGGCCUUGACCAACACAUCCUCCAAGUCGAUAUUGAACGCCUUUCCCAAGCCAGCCACCCUCACGAUCCUACAGUUCGCCUCGGUUUCAAUUUGGUGCUUGAUUCUGACGGGCUUGUCAAGUCUGUUUCCAUCAAUCAAGAGGAGCAUACCUGCGCUGAAGAACGGUCUGCGCCAACCUUCAUGGGACGUCAUGUACACAGCGUUUCCUCUGUCGAUCUUCCAGCUGCUCGGCCAUCUCCUAAGUUCAUAUGCGACGUCUAAAAUCCCAGUGUCCCUGGUUCACACAAUCAAGGGUCUCUCACCACUCUUCACCGUGCUGGCAUAUCGACUAGUGUUCCGGAUCCGGUACCGGCAGGCCACAUAUCUAUCGCUUGUCCCGCUCACGGUCGGAGUCAUGUUGGCAUGCUCCACCGACUUUUCCACGAACUUCUGGGGGAUCAGUGCUUCGUUGGUGGCCGCCAUCGUCUUUGUGACGCAGAACAUAUUUUCAAAGAAGCUAUUCACCGAAUCAGCCCGCGCGGAAGCCGAAGGACACACGCAUCUCCCCCGCAAACUGGACAAGCUCAACCUCCUAUGCUAUUGUUCUGUGGGAGCCUUCAUGCUCUCGGCGCCAGUCUGGAUUUACACCGAAGGCUUAGAAAUUAUGCGUGACUUUUGGAAGGAUGGGUCAAUUGAUCUUUCUCAAAAGACAGGUACUAUGGAUCACGGGCAGCUAGCUCUGGAAUUCAUCUUCAAUGGAAUCUUCCAUUUUUUCCAGAACAUCCUGGCGUUUGUCCUGCUAUCCAUGUUGUCACCUGUCUCGUACUCGGUGGCUUCAUUGAUCAAAAGGGUAUGGGUUAUCGUCGUUGCGAUUAUCUGGUUCCGGAGUUCGACCACGUCCAUACAAGUUGUUGGCAUCGCCCUCACCUGUUUUGGCCUCUACCUGUAUGAUCGGACUAGUAUGGAGGACGCUGCGGAGAGGAGGACUCGGGCCGACCAUUUCCGUCACAAACACACACCACUACUGCCUGUUGCCGAGGUGAAGACCCCAGGUCCGCCCGAUGGACCACGCAUGAACGAUGACUAUAUGAACGAGAUGUCGGAUCUACAUCCGAAGAGAGAUGACAGUCGGGGUCGACAACACGACGCACCCUUCGUCUCUGGCUGGCUACCCCCUGGCACGAAACAAGAAAGUACCUGGGCGGUCGGGGACUCUGAAAAGCAAUAA